CUUUGGCUGAAAGUUGUCAACGAUAUACAUAAUACAACAGACGAUUGUGAUUGUGCUGACCGGAUUGUCAGAAUAUAAAAACUCCACUUCUGUUGAUUUCUCAGCAAUGAAUUAAUUCCUUUAAUUAAUUAAUUAAACUGUAUUCGCCGUUGUAUAUCACGGUUCGCCUUUCUAGACUCAAAAGAAUUCAAACUACAGGCUUAUCAAUGGGAGAUUUUGAGAAACUUCCUCUUCUACUUGAGAAUUUGCAAGUCGGAAAUGACAAUGCUGAAGUCAUCGAAUCUCUUGAUAACCUAAUAUCUCAAGUUAAUGAUUCUGAAGCAGUUGAAAACAUUGAUAUUAUAAAAUGGGCAAAUGAGGUGUCUAAUUUUCUCACAUGCGGAAAUAUUGAGAUAGAAACUAAAGCCGCAGAAGUCAUAGGUGACCUGUGCAAAUCUGAAACGCCUAGGGUAUCUCUCUCGAACAGCAAAGUCAUAGUGCCGUUGGUCGAUCUCAUGCGAUCGAAUGACAACAGAGCCAGAAAUCAGGCCUGCAGGGCCGUAGGAAAUAUUUGUUUUGAAAAUGUUGAAGGAAGGAGUUGUUUUCUCCAACAUUCCGGUCUGACAGUAAUGGUCGAUCUGUUGAAGAUCUGCGCUCUACCUGAAUGCGAUCUGAACCUUAGAAUGAACGCCGCUGGCUGUUUUAUAAACUUCAUCAUGGGCCAAGAGAAAUUGUACCCCAAGCUUGUCGAGCUUGGUGUUGUGGAAAUUUUAUGUGAUAUACUGACUUAUGGUGUUAGUACGAAAGAGGCUGAACAGACAGCCAUCCAUAUUUAUGUUACUCUUUGGCUAAUGACUGACUCAGGAACUGAAAUUUUCAUUAAUGAAAAGCUUUGUGGUGUCACUGUAAAAAUAUUAGAAGAAUCAACUAAUGGUGAACUGAGUGAAUUAUGCGUCGAGCUGCUUCAUAGGGAAGCAGAAAAUGAGGAUGUAAGACUCCAUUUGGCAAAAGCAGGCCUUUGCGAAUUACUGAUAGAAUUGAUGGAGAAACACAGCAGUCUGGUUGAUGAUGAUGAAACGAGAAAUCUGUUAAAAAUGGCCUGUGAUCUAAUCAUUAUCAUUUUAAAUGGAGAUGCGAGUAUGCAAGUUGCUUUUGGCAACGGCAAAGGAAAGGUUUUUGAAGGCAUGAUUUCAUGGCUUGACUCUCAAGAUGACGAUCUUCAAGUGACAGCUGUAUUGGCCAUAGCUAAUUUUGCCCGGACUGACAUGCACUGUACACAAAUGGUAAGCCAAGGGGUCAGUAAAAAACUUCUCAGUAUACUGUCGCAAAACAACACUUCAGGAUCAAAGAUCCGCCUUCAGCACGCCUUGCUGAGUGCUUUGAGGAAUUUGGUAAUACCGUCCGUCAACAAAGGGAUCGUCCUUCAACAAGGCCUCCUCCAGGCGCUUUAUCCCAUGUUUAACAUUCCAACCUUUCCCGUCGUUUUUAAACUCCUCGGCACCUUGAGGAUAGUCAUAGACGGCCAACCUGAAGCUGCUUCAGAAUUGGGUAAUCGAGAAGACUUGAUUGUAAACCAUGUGGUGCCAUGGUGCGACACCGACGAUCAUCCCGGUGUACAGGGCGAAGCUUAUCGCCUUUUGGUCUGGAUUAUUAAAAAUAGCAGAGAUAGAGACGUAAUCGGCAAACUUGUAUCCUGCGGAGUCAUUGAACGCUUGGUAAAAAUGACAGCAACCGAACAUGUAAUCAUGCACGGGGAAGCUUUCCUCGCUUUGAAUUUAACAAUGGCGAUGAGAGGACAGGACGCGACGAUGCGUCUUUUAAAUGCAAACGUAGGUCAGGCAAUAACUAAAUUCCUCGCUUCAACGCCAACGAGGGAGGUCUUUCACAAUCUUUUAGCUUUCGUUGGCCAACUCGUCAAUUCUAGCGAAUUGCGUAAACACCUUUGUGAGGCCGGAGUACCGAAGGCUCUGUACUCGACGAUCCUCGGUGAUUCACUAGCCGACCUCCGUGACCAAGUUACAAGGCUGGCGACGAUGUUGGACAACGGCUGAAGUUUUGAAAAUCCCGCCAAUAUAGAUUAAUACUUUCA